AUGCAAGAAAAACUACCAUUUAUUUUACGUGAUCCAAUACCAGGUGAUAUGGGUAUGGUUGUUUAUCAAAAUGCUGUUUUUUAUUCAAAAGAGUUUGGUUGGGAUUCACGUUUUGAAGCUUUAGUUGCCAAAGUUGUUUCAGAGUAUAUAACAAAUUUUGAUGAAAAAUAUGAAAAAUGUUGGAUAGCAGAAAAAGAUGGUAAAAUGGUUGGUUCGAUUUUUGUUGUUAAACAGGAUGAAAAUACAGCAAAACUUAGAAUGUUAUAUGUUGAUUCAUCAGCUCGUUGUUUGGGAAUUGCAAAUAAAUUAGUUGAUGAAUCUAUAAAAUUUUCAGAGUCAGUAGGUUAUAAAAGAAUCAUUCUUUGGACAAAUAGUAUUUUAGUUGAUGCAGCUAGAAUUUAUAUAAAAUUUGGUUUUAAACUUGAAAAUGAAGAAAAACACACAAUGUUUGGACCUGAACUCACUGGUCAAACUUAUUCAAAAGAUUUGUAA